AUGUCGACCAAGGUCCAUUCUCCCGGGGAUAAUAUCCGUGGCCAUGCUAGACUAGAGUCGGUAGAAGUUGAAAACACCCCACCUUCCUCACGAUGGAAGACACAGUUGCUGUUCGAUUCGGAUGAAGAAUAUAGCAAUUUCUACCAGUCAGAAACACCGACUUUGGACAAAGAUACCGCUCUGAGGACUCGUUUGUUUGAAGAUGAAGAGUCACGUGACAGUGGAGUGGGCAUGGGCAAUGACAUUGAAGAGGUUGACAAUCUCGAUUUGCCCGUGCGGAGUUUUCCUCUUUUCACCGAAAAUGGCCGAUGUGAAAAUCUGUUGUUUCCAGUUUUCCAACAAGAAGUGUCAGAAGCAUAUGCAUUUACAAAGGAGACCCCUAGCGAUCCUGAUAGCACUAUAGUAAAAGAAUCCAAAGAAAAUCACGAGGUUGGUGUUUGUGAGAAGGAGAAGAGAAAACAGUGUCUUCGUCUGAAGAGGGAACGGCCAACUUACAGUGACGUGUGUUCUCCUGCUCGAAAAAGACGAGUGUGUUCCGGCAGAUUCAGACGACACAAGUCUCUAGACACCUCAUGCAAGCAGCAGCCAUUAAGAGAAACGUCAUCAAUGCUCAGGCCUUCCUACCUGACUAACUCAGACAGUGGCUCCGAUGACGAAGCCAGGACGGGAGACAACUGCAGGAGGCUAUGUCUGCCGACCGUAGACGGAAAACACCGAGACCUCCACUCCAUAACUCCAGAAACUCUGUCACGUGUCAUCAAUCUCGAGUAUUCGGAGACUAUUGAGAAAGCUGUUAUCGUUGACUGCAGGUACCCGUAUGAAUACACAGGAGGACAUAUAAAGGGUGCUAUUAACUGCUUCACAAAAGACGGUGUUUUAGAACUUUUCAUGGCAAAACAUUCUCGUCCUAACGAAAAUAGUGGGAAGCGUUUCGUGUUGAUAUUCCACUGCGAAUUUUCUUCAGAGAGAGCACCUAAGUUAUCGAGAUUUCUUCGAAAAAUGGACAGGGAUGCUAAUAAGGAAUGUUACCCUAAACUGUUUUACCCAGAAAUGUAUUUACUGGACGGCGGUUAUAAAAAUUUCUUCAGAAGUCAAAAGGAUAUGUGCACACCUCCGAGUUACGUCCCCAUGCAUGACGCCGGCCACAAAGAGGACAUGCGCAAGUUCCGCACCAAAUCUAAAUCUUGGUCAGGAGACAAGAAAAGUCGGUCUGUGUUUGGUUUUUAG